GUUUUGCUGGUUUUAUUGGCUCGUAGGGCAGAUUCAAUCAAGAUUGGUGUGUCAUCUUUGAACACCUUCAAUCAUGAUUCAAUGUUCAACGUUUGCUUACAUUGGGAUUAAGAUUUCAGACCCUUAAUCACAACACAUUUACAUAGGGAAAUAAUGGCUUGAAUAAUUUUGUGAUCCAAUUUUCUGGUUUCCAUUCAUUUUCCCGCAUCCAUGUUGCUGGGGUUGCUUUGUUUUUUGGCUAAAUUAUUUUGUUAAUUAUUUUGUUUAAAGCUGCUUCUCUCAUUAACCUACACUUCUUAAGUUAAUGAGAUUAAACUAGACUGCAAAUUUCAUCAGGGUUUCAUCAGAUAUCAAAGAUUCUGGAGACAUGAUUGAUACGAGUUUCCAAUUUUAACAUUAUUAGUAAAAUGUAUUAAACACAAACUUGCUUUAAUCUUCACUUUUGUCCAAUUUGCUUUUCUUCACUUUUCCUUACAUUAUUAUUAGAUUAUUGUUUCUCAAUUUGUUUCUCAAUCGGUGAUUCCUGAAGUGAUUUUAAUUUAAACAUGGUUGCCAUUAACAAUCUAUUAUUGUGUUGUUUUGUAAUAUUCAUCACUCUUGUCCGUUCAUCUGAAUCGUUUUGCUUUGGAUUAAUCUGCAGCUGUGUUCCAUGGGUUUCAAAAUCAUGUUGUGGUACUUUUAGGAAAUGUUGCCUCCAAUAUCAAGCUUGGCUAAGUCCUUUGAUUGGAACUGAAGACGUUUUCUCUGAAUAUAUUGAUGCUAUGGCUGGUGAAGCAAUGAACGAAGCAGGUCUUGUUGAAGGCUAUCCUGAUGGACAGGUUGUCCCUAUUAACGAUCCUUCACAACUUGGCGCUAUUCCAGUUAUUCCUGGACCUCCUCCACAUAGGAUAUUGAAUGAUGCUUGAGUUGAACAUGAUUAAAUUAUAAAUUAACGAUCUGCAUCUUUGAUCUUUCAAUUCAUUCGCAAUAAAAGAUUAAAUAUACUAGAAAAUUAUAUCUAUUUAGUUAUUCUAGUUAUUUUGAUAUUGAGGAAUGAAAUACAAAGUAAUUUAGAU